CAGAAUUGCAGAGCUAUCCAGAUUGAAGCUGUCUUCUAAAAAAGCUGUGUGGUGGAGAUAGUGAUGCCAAGGGAAUAGGUCAAUCUGAUAUAGGGGUGUGGACUUGUUUUCUCUCACUUUGGAACUCUCCCAUACACAGCAGCCAAAGCUCUACAUAGUGAGCAUAAAAUGACAGCUAAGUGAAAUUUGGAGAGUGUUAGAUGACUUCACAGUUAUGUGUCUUAUAAAGAUGCUACUGUUCUGCUGCUACCAAACAGUGCCUUUCUCCUGGAUAAGGAGAAAGUGAGAGAAGCCAGAUUAGAGCAGAAGCAAUGGAGGGGGAAGAGAGACUUUCCCACGUGUCUCCUGCUGGGAAUUGAAUAUCAGCAUCUCACGGCACCUUCUCCUUAUUCGCUACAAGGGGAACAGACUUCCUCCAUCCUUCAACCCUUUGAAGAAAUGGGAAUUCUUUUCUCUUCUCUCUUUUUUAAGACAGAGCAGCUUGUGCUUUCAGAGGACUGAUGUGCUCCCUCCCCGCUCCUGACCUUUUCCUCCCCAUUCUGCACAUCUGGCCUCCACCCUCCCCUUUCUGCGCGCCUCUUGCCCCUGCGUGCCUCCUCUGGCCAGAUGUGCAGGCAGGCGGAAGAGUCUGAGGGGAGGUGCUAAGGCAGAGAACUGGAACUACUUUCUCACAGCAGCAGCAGGAGCAGCAGCAGCAGCAGGAGCAGGAGCAAGAGCAAAGCAGCCACAGACUCAUUGUGUGAGAGGGAGGGAAAAAGAGAUGGUGGCGGCAGCAGCAGUAGGAGACGGCAGCGCCUGCAAAUAAUCCUCCUCAUGCAACUUUUCCUUUAAGUGCCUCAAACGCACGCGGGAGGCUUUCCUCCUGAUCCUCCUUCUCUUUCCUGGUGAUAAAAACUGGGACUCUGGAGAGGAUAUUCCCUUUUUGUACAAGUUACUGCAGCUCUGAAGAAGAAAAGAAAAGGACUGAUCUUUUUUUGAGGGGGGGGCUUAGGUAGACUUUUAGGGACCAAAGGACUUCUCCCCCUUUUACGUUUCCCUAGGAUUUUUAAGGUGAUAUUUCCUCCCUCCCCCUUCUUCUUUUUGCAGAUUGGAGGAUCUUAGCUGGAGAAGCAGCUUAUUUUAGAAGUUAUCUUUUUUAGGUUGCUGCUCCCCCAAACACACAUCCUAUUCCAGGUGUUAAGCUCCCCACUUUCUCAGAGCAUCUCCUACAUAACUUCAGCAGUACCGAGUUCCCCCUCAUGGUUCAUACCCAUUACAAGGAAGUUUACAGUAACUUUGGAAUGAGAGACAAAAUUUCAGAGUGGGAAAGGAAAACCUGAACUCUGAUCUUUCCUCCCUUUGCACAGAAUUUACGUUUAACUCCUACCUUCACUGCAAUGGAUUUUUACAAGGGGCAUUAAUUUCCUCCUCUUAAUGUUUUAAAGUUGGAAGUUGCGGCAAAGGGAGAGAAGAGACGGCGGAACUUCAAUUUUUUAAAAAUUGAAAUAACACACAAGUAUUUCAGUUUCCUGAAAGAGGUACGAAGACUGGAAGGGGAAAAUAUAUCCUUUCCCAGCCUGGUGGUCUGCUGGGACUUGGAAGAUGCCUUCCGUAAUGGAAAAAUCAGGGAUCCUGUCCAGAAGCCGGUCCAAGUCAGCCACCAACGGCAACCACCAGAACUCAGAAGAUGACAGCAGUGAAGAGGAACACUCCCACGGAAGCAGAUGAUGAGCUCCUUCAGUGUUGUGACAUGAGGCUUCAAAAGAAGAAAGGGGGGCGCACAGGUGUUAGUCUGGCUCAAGGUGUUCCAAAAGACAGCAUGAUCCGUGUGGGAGCAGAUUAUCAAGCUGUGAUUCCAGAGUGCAAACCAGAGAGCCCAGCUCGCUACAGCAACAAGGAGUUGAAAGGGAUGCUCGUUUGGUCUCCAAAUCAUUGCGUCUCUGAUGCCAAAUUGGACAAAUAUAUUGCCAUGGCCAAGGAGAAGCACGGAUACAACAUAGAGCAGGCUCUGGGGAUGCUGCUGUGGCACAAGCACGAUGUGGAGAAGUCCCUGGCUGACUUGGCCAAUUUCACACCAUUCCCUGAUGAGUGGACGGUGGAGGACAAAGUCCUGUUUGAGCAAGCCUUCAGCUUCCAUGGCAAGAGUUUUGCUCGAAUCCAGCAGAUGCUUCCUGAUAAGAUGAUUCCCAGCCUGGUGAAGUAUUACUACUCCUGGAAGAAAACCCGGAGCAGGACUAGCGUGAUGGAUCGGCAGGCCCGCAAGCUGCUCAGCAAGAAGGAAAAGGAUGACAGUAAUGAUGAACUGGAGGAAGGACGGCAGGCUAGUGAGGGUGAAUUUGAUGCCAUGGAUCCCAAGAAGGAGCCUAGUUACCAGAAGCCCCUGAACAGCAAGCCAGGGCCUGUGAAGAAGGAGGUACAACUGUCACAGUAUCGGCACCACCCACUACGCACUCGCCGGCGUCCUCCAAAGGGCAUGUACCUGAGCCAGGAGGACAUUACGGGCCUGUCUGCCAGCCCAGACAUGGCUGUUCUCACCCUGCGCCACCUGGACUCCCAGCUGGUUUCCCUCAAGCGCCAGGUACAGAGCAUCAAGCAGAUCAAUAGCAGUAUGAAGCAGGUGCUAGAAGGUGGAAUAGACAAACUACGGCCACCCGAGACGAACAUCAAGUUCAAUUCACGCUGGACAACAGAUGAACAGUUGCUGGCUGUACAGGCCAUCCGAAAAUACGGCAAAGAUUUCCAGGCCAUCGCAGAGGUGAUUGGCAACAAGACAGUAGCCCAGGUGAAGACUUUCUUUGUCAGCUACCGGCGCCGGUUCAACUUGGAAGAGGUGCUGCAGGAAUGGGAGGCUGAGCAGGAGGGUGGGGGGCCGGCUGCCCCCCAAGGUAGCUCCCCUUCUCAGGACCAAAAGAGCUCUAGCGCUUCGUUAGCAAGCAGUGAGGAAGAAGAUGAGGUACAGAUCACUGCGGUGUCCCGUUCCCUGCAGCAGCAGCAGCAGCAGCAACCGCCGCCACUGCCCCCUCCGCUGCCACUCCCAGCGUCUCCCCGGCCACCACCUGCUGCCCUCUCACAGCCACCCCCUUUGCUGAGGCCCACACUUCCAACAGCACCCACGCUGCACCGCCAACCCCCACCACUGCAGCAAGGCCGCUUCCUGCAGCCCAGACUGUCGCUCAACCAGCCGCCACCCCCGCUGAUUCGGCCAGCCACCUCGCGACAAGCGCCCCGCAGUGGCCAGCACCCCCCAUCACUCCUUGGUGGGAUAGGAGAGCCCCCUCCCCCCUCCUCCAGCUCCCUCUGAGGAGGGGUUUCAGAGUGCUUCCUUUGACAUCUGUGAGCCUGGCUCUACAACAGUCACAGCUGGGAUUGGUACAGUCCUCCUCUCCCCCCACAAGGUGUGCGUCGGCUGUGGUGGUCAUGUAAAGGGAACAGGGGAAGGAGGGGCUUCGGGGUCCCAAGUGUCAUCUGACCCAGUUCAGGUAGCAUCCAGAAAGCUGGCAAGGAAUCCCAAUCCCCAUGUACAUUGGGGUGGGGGUGGGGUAUUUUUUUUCUUGGGAGGGGAGGGAAGAGAAAGGAAGUGAUAGGACUAGUAGCUUGGGGUGGGUUUGGAUUAUGUUUACACUUUUGCAGGAUCAGUUGCGUCAGUGCCUGUGUGAAUCGGGGAUUGGGGGGAGGGCAAGGGGAGGUAUGUCAGAGUUGACACAGGUGGAAGCUUGGGGGGAGGGGGAGGAAGGAAGGGAGAUUUACACCUGAUCAGACUGGAUGCAGAGGCAAGAGUGCUCCCAAGUAAAGAUGCCCCUCUUUCUGUAGCAGCAAUUUCCCUUCCUCUCCAGUUUCUACAUGGAGAUUUGGAAGGGGGGGGAGGGAAUGAGUGGCAGCUUGCUUUGCUCUGUACUUGCCUGUCCACCUUGCCAGGCAGGAGUCCCUGGCAGCAAAGAUGUAACGACUCCCUAAAGAGUAGGAUUGGGCAGUCUUCUGUGUACGAUUCCCCUCCAAGGCCCCACCCAUUGCUGGGAGUCUUUUGUUGUUGUUGUCGUCCAUGGAGCAUUUUCAAUAAAGGUAUUUUGUUACAA